CCCCUCCCCCUCAAUACAGCAGCUGUUCAUCCAAGGUGGGACAGUUACUCUGCAGACUGUUCUCCCGUGGCUGUGACGAACCAACGACACAACUGACAGCUCACUCUGUGCCAGUCGAGCACUCCGCAUUUCGCUGGUGAUGGUUGGUCUACCUUGUCCAAAGUGUAAACUUAUCAUGUGAUUGUCUGUGUCCUCCCAUGCUGCUACUUACAGGUUUCUUCUUCAGUUUGAGACUCCUCAUUGUAAUCUGUCUAAUGCCCGUCUCUUUGGAGACCAGGGUUCCCUCCAAGUUCAGGAGAACUUCCAUGAUGCUGCCUCAGCACCUAAAGCAAAUCAGAGUACUCAUGCUUAACGAAAAGGAGAAUUUAGAGAGAACUUUGUUCAGACUUGAACAAGGUUUUGAGCUCCAGUUCCGCCUGGGUCCAAGCCUUCAAGGAAGGAGAGUUAUAGUUCACACCAACUACCCACUUGAUGGACAGAAGUUCAUUCGAAACAACUUCCGUGUUUUAGCCUGGAACUACCCAACAGGAAGGGAGGAUGACUCUGAUAAGUACUGCUCCCUAGAGCUCAAGAUUGCUGGAUCCUACCAGUACUACUUUGGAUAUGCAGAUGUGGAGAGGUUAGGAGGAGGCUACGUCGUCGUUGAUCCUAUUCUUCGUGUUGGAGCAGACAACCAUGUCCUCCUGCUGGACUGUGUCACCAUCCAGACAUACUUGUCCAAAUGUCUGGGACGCCUUGAUGACUGGCCAGACAGACUGCGAGUAGCCAAGGAGUCAGGUUACAACAUGAUCCACUUCACUCCUCUGCAGACUUUGGGAGAGUCUAGGUCCUGUUACUCCUUAGCUGACCAGCUGACCUUUAGCCUGGAAUUCAGCCCAGAUGGCAAGAGUUACACCUGGGAAGAUGUGGGAAGGCUAGUGGAAAAACUGAGGACGGAAUGGAAUAUGGUAUCAAUCACUGAUGUAGUGUAUAAUCACACUGCUGCAAACAGUGUGUGGAUAAAGGAACAUCCAGAGUGUGGCUACAACCUGAUGAACUCUCCUCACCUGCGUCCUGCCUGGGUCUUAGACAGAGCUAUCUGGCAUUUAACCACUAGGGUAGCAGAUGGACGGUACAAAGAGAAGGGACUUCCUUCUGACAUUACCAACGAGAGCCACCUAAAUGCUCUCCGCAGGGCGCUUUGGGAGGACAUUUUUCCUCAAAUCAAACUUUGGGAGUUCUACCAGGUCAACGUGGAAAAUGCUGUGGAGAAGUUCAGAGUACUGCUGCAAAACGGCACAAAGCCAGAUCAUAGCAAGGCUGAAGGAAAUAAAGGCAUAGAGAUCAUUCAAGACCUCCAGUGCUAUCGCUAUGGCAACAGAGUGAACAUGGACUCAGCUUUGGAGACAUUUGUUCCUCACAGCUCCUCUCCACAGCACAUUGAUGAGUGCUGUGGUUGGCUGAAACAGAAGUUGACUGAGAUGAAUGAAGAACAGUACCACAUCAUACACCAGCAUCAGGAACAGGCCGUCAACUGCGUUGUGGGGAACAUAGUGUAUGAACGUCUAGCUGGCCACGGUCCUAAACUGGGUCCUGUUACCAGGAAAGAGCCUCUUGUCACCAGGUAUUUCACCUUCCCCUUUGAGGAAAUGACUUUAGAGCAGGAGAUGGAGUUUUUAAACCAACCAGAUAAGAUGUGCCACUUCUUGGCUCACAACGGCUGGGUGAUGGGUGAUGAUCCAUUGCGCAACUUUGCUGAACCAGGAUCCAAUGUGUACCUGCGUCGGGAGCUGAUCUGCUGGGGGGACAGUGUCAAACUCCGCUAUGGAAAAGGACCUGAGGAUUGCCCCUACCUGUGGGAGCACAUGCAGAAAUACACUGAAAUUACUGCCAAAUAUUUCCACGGAGUCCGAUUGGACAACUGCCACUCUACUCCCUUGCAUGUUGCUGAGUUCAUGUUAGAUGCAGCCAGAGAGGUCAGACCCAACCUGUAUGUAAUAGCUGAGCUCUUUACAGGCAGUGAACUCAUAGACAAUGUGUUUGUUAACCGACUGGGAAUCAACAGCCUCAUAAGAGAGGCCAUGUCCGCCGGAGACAGCCAUGAAGAGGGCCGGCUGGUCUAUCGUUACGGUGGAGAGCCAGUCGGAGCCUUCGUUCAGCCCAGCCUGCGUCCUCUCAUGCCUUCUAUCGCUCACGCCAUGUUCUUGGAUGUGACCCAUGACAAUGAGUGUCCCAUUCAGCUGCGGUCAGCUCUCGACUCGUUGCCCAGUUCUGCUAUCGUUUCCAUGGCCUGCUGUGCUACUGGCUCCACCAGAGGAUAUGAUGAACUGGUCCCACAUCAGAUAUCUGUGGUGAAGGAGGAGCGUUUUUAUCCCAAGUGGAAUCCCUCUUCAGCACCCAUCUCUACUGGUGAAGUUGGCUUUCAGAGCGGCAUCAUCGCUGGGAAACUGGCUCUCAACAAGCUACACCAGGAGCUGGCUGCCCAGGGCUUUUCACAGGUGUAUGUGGACCAGGUUGAUACAGAUAUUGUUGCAGUUACUCGUCACUGCCCCAGCACACACCAGUCUGUGGUAACAGUGUGUAGGACAGCCUUCAAGAACCCCAAAACCCAUCAGUACAGCAACAAUGUCCCACCUAUGUUCAUACCUGGCAAGAUUGAAGAAAUUGUACUGGAGGCAAGGACAGUGGAGAGAGAGGCUGGGAGUUACAAGAAGGAUGAGAAAUACAUAAAUGGCAUGCCAGAAUACACAGUGGAAAUAAAAGAGCAUGUACCGAUGGUGAAAAGUGCAGUGGUGAAACAUGCUGGAGUGACCUCUAAAGACCGCUCAGAGUUUGUGCAAGAAAUUCAAUUCCAGAAAUUGACUCCUGGUAGCAUCAUUGCCUUCAGAGUCUGUUUGGAUCCCAAAGCACAGAAGCUGGUGGGCAUGUUGAGGUUUUAUCUGUCCCAGUUCAGUCCAAAGUACAGGAGGGGCAGUGUACCUGAUGAGAAUCCACAAGAGGUGCUGCAGAAACCCCUUGCACAGUUAAUGUCUAAGCUGACGCUAGCCGACAUGAACAUCUUGCUGUUUCGCUGCGAAGCAGAAGAACAAGAGGACGGUGGAGGCUGUUACAGCAUCCCAGGCUGGGAGGGCCUGAAGUAUUCAGGACUACAAGGUCUGAUAUCUGUGUUGGCGGACAUCCGUCCCACUAAUGACCUUGGCCAUCCUCUGUGUGCUAACCUCAGAGAAGGAGACUGGCUCAUAGACUUCGUCUCCAACAGGCUGAAGCACAGAGAUGGACCACUGGCACAGGUGGGCCAGUGGUUGGGUGCCAUGUUUGACUACCUGAGGCACUUCCCUCGAUACCUCAUCCCUUGUUACUUUGACGCCAUCUUGGUGUCAACCUACACCACAGCUCUGGAUGCCACGUUCAAACUCAUGUCGAGCUUCAUUCAGCGAGGUUCCACGUUUGUCCGUCACCUGGCUCUCGGCUCAGUUCAGAUGUGUGGAGUUGGACGUUUUCCACCUCUGCCUCCCAUUUCAACAAAAGUGCAGGAUGUCCCAUACCGCAUCAGUCCCAUCACUGGGGAAAAGGAGCAGUGCUGUGUCUCACUGGCAGCAGGUCUUCCUCAUUUUUCUGCUGGGAUUUUCCGUUGUUGGGGUAGAGACACUUUCAUCGCUCUCAGAGGACUCAUGCUUAUAACAGGGAGACACACUGAGGCACGCAACAUCAUCCUUGCUUUUGCUGGAACCCUGCGUCACGGUUUGAUCCCCAACUUGAUGGGAGAGGGUCGCAAUGCCAGAUACAACUGCAGGGAUGCUGUGUGGUGGUGGCUGCAGUGCAUUCAGGACUAUACCAAUCUCGUUCCUGAGGGACAUGAAAUUCUGCGUUGCCCUGUCACCCGCAUGUACCCCACAGACGACUGUGAGCCCUGCAAACCAGGGGAGGUGGAGCAGCCAUUGUAUGAUGUUAUCCAGGAGGCACUGCAGCGCCAUCUGGAGGGUAUUUCCUUCAGAGAGAGGAAUGCUGGACCCAAGAUGGACAGGAACAUGAGAGAUGAAGGGUUCAAUGUGGUUGCUAAAGUGGACCCAGCAACAGGUUUUGUUACCGGAGGAAACCGCUUCAACUGUGGCACUUGGAUGGAUAAAAUGGGGGAGAGUGACAGAGCGAGGAACAAGGGGAUACCUGCAACUCCAAGAGACGGCGCGGCGGUGGAGAUAGUUGGUCUGAGUAAAUCAGCAGUUCGUUGGCUUGUGGAGCUGCAGUCUAAAGAACUGUUCCCCUAUGAUGGCGUUAAGGUGCACAGAGAUGGAAAGGAUGUGUUCAUCUUGUAUACUGAGUGGAACAAGCAGCUUCAGGAGUCCUUUGAAGUUGAAUUCUGGGUGUCUGGGGACUCACAGGACCCCAAUGAGAAGCACCCUGAUUUGGUGCAUAAAAAGGGAAUUUAUAAAGAUAGUUAUGGAGCUUCCAAUCCCUGGUGUGACUACCAGCUGAGGCCCAACUUUACCAUCGCAAUGGUGGUGGCUCCAGAGCUGUUCACGCUAGAAAGAGCAUGGAAGUCUUUGGAAAUAGCUGAAAAGAAACUCCUGGGACCACUGGGAAUGAAAACUCUUGACCCAGAUGACAUGGUCUACUGUGGUGUUUACGAUAAUGCACUGGACAACGACAACUACAACCUGGCCAAGGGCUUUAACUACCACCAAGGACCUGAGUGGCUGUGGCCUGUUGGCUAUUUUCUCCGUGCUAAGCUCUACUUUGCCAAGAGGUUAGGGGAGGAGACCUACUCCAAGACCGUCAUCCUAGUGAAAAAUGUUCUGUCACGACAUUGCACCCACUUGGAGAGGUCUCUAUGGAAAGGCUUACCAGAGCUGACCAAUGAAAACGGCCAGCAUUGCCCCUUCAGCUGUGAGACCCAGGCCUGGUCUCUGGCUACUGUGCUGGAGGUGCUCCAUGAUCUGUAGAGAUCCCAUGAAGCUGUGAGCCACUCCCUUCCUCUGACUCAUUUUCUGUCAUCACAAAACUUUCUUGUAGUAUCCCUAAAGAAUCCAUGGAACAAUGACAUCGUCAGCCAAGUUUUCCAGAAUAAGUAUUGUAAAGUAACCAGGUUAUUGUAUCAAAGCAUUUUAAGGUUAAAGCCAUUUUUCUCUCCCCCUGGCCCUGUUUAAGGAAUCAACAAAAUGCCAUUUUGAUCCAGUUGAUCUCAAAAUUUAAAAAGGUUUUCAUUGGUUGUCACGUUAAUAAAAAUUUUGACAGAGAUAACACUGGAAAGCACCUGGGCUGUGUUGUUGUACACGUACAGUUCAGACCAACAUACACUAAACCAGCUGAUUAUUACUGUAGUAAAGGCUUUUUAGGAACUGUACAUGUUCCUCAAUUGAACAGCGUUCUUAGCUGUACCUAGCUGUUCCUUUUUAGGACCUUUAAGGCUUGUUCCUAAAAAGGAACAGUGGUCCUAGUGUUCCUAGCUUCAGUGAAUGUUUUCUCCUGAAUUCUUACUUUUGCUAUAUGUUCAGGAUUUUUAAUUGGAUCAUGAUGAUACUGACCUGAGACCUCCAUCAGAUCAGGUCAGGUGUUAGUGAUGUUAUAGCACAAGAUAGCUCUGCUAACUUAAUACUGUGGAACUGGGUACCAUCUGCUAAUAAAGGACCUAGAGUUUAAGUUUAGACCUUAAGUUUUCUAACCUGGUGAUGGAAGCUGUACUUUUUGUCUUAUUUCUUAUGUAUUUUAGGAAAAUAAUUUUAACAAAUUAAGUUAAAUUAAAACAUAAAUAGCCUGAGUAGUAUUAAAAAAAUCUAUAUCUACUAUCUGUUGUUUUUAGCCGUCAUGUUUUAUGAGAACUGUGAUUCUAUUGUUGAAUGUCCCAAUGGAGAGUUUAGCUAAUGUUCUCUCCAUGUUCUUUCACAGUGAGACGUUUUAAAAGGCUAAACCGUUAUGGUGUUAACAUUUCAGAACAUUUACACACUCCUUUGGUGUUGUGUGACCACAUAAAGUAUCGAUUUCAUAAAGUUGUGCAGUGCAUCUAACUUUUCUCUAACAGUGACACAUUUAAACCACACGUAAUCUUAGAGAAUAUUCAAGGGUUUCUAUGGAAAACUGCUGGAUGCUAUAGAUAUAUACUGCUGUUGCAUACAUCUGGAUGGUCAGUGUUGUUAAUUGUAACCUAGAUAGAAACAUGCUGAAUAAACUGUUACAAGACUAAAAUGUGUGUAUUUAUAAUUACAGUUGGCUUUUUUAAAUAUCUGAGCUGUUGAAAGAGAAGGCAAAGGUCAAUGAGGUAGUGAUGGCUAAAUGAAGACUCAUGAAGCAAUGAAGCUUCCCAGCCAAUUGAUUUGCCCAAAGGUUCAUUACUCGGUGGUUCAUUCAUUCCUCCCUCACUAGUGACAUCUGCUGCUGAAACUGUGGCAGCCUUGACACUCAGAUAGACAUUCUUUAAAAAAUUAGUAAAUGCAAUAUUGUGAAUUAAAUCCUAUUUAACUGUAAUCUUGUUUAGUUAUUAAAAUGAUUUGUAGUCGAACUAAUCCUGGUAUAUGUUGACUGUCGGUGGCUGUUUUCAUUCAUGUCACAGACAGAUUUGACAAUAAAGACAUUUGUUUUAGUGUA